CACACCUCGAAAGGCCCGGUAGCUGGUCCUUCAGGCACAUCUCAUGAAACCGAGCAUGGUGCUGGAGCAGAUGUACAGCCUACCGCAUCUCAACCUUGGCCGACGCAGACACAGCAGCUCAGAUCGUACGUUCAAAUGCCCUUCAUUGGCUUGGAGGACUAAUCGAUCAUCGCAGAUUCAACCAUUGAAAGAUCAAAUCGGACAACUACAGUCAGAAGUGCAACGCCUCACCGGGCAGGUGGCAAACGUUGACAACCUGAGGACUGAAGUGGCGGACUGAGCAUCGAGGUUGAACUUCUGCGCGUGAAGCUCGGUGACAUGGCGACGCUUGAAGCGGAGGUACACAGGCUGAGAGACCUAACACCAAUCUCUGGCGAUCGUACAGUUGUUUCUGCCAUGGCUCAAUCCGCGAAGAGUGCGGGCAAAGCACGUGCGACGGAGGUUACGGAGGGCGCAUCCGCGAGCCCUGGCGCCCAAACGGAUGCCGUGGCGCAGGAGGUACAACCGCACCCAGGGUUUGCUGCGCGUGUCCUUGGAAAACACCCGCGAGACUCAGAUGACAGCCAGCUAACUGGUAUAGCGGAUGCUGGGAAGGAAAGUGAGGAGCUGCUCCAUAGGGCAGCUCGUCCGACGAGGAAACGUGCGAAGCUAUCGCCGCACACCACAGGGUCCUCAUCACAAGGAAAUGGACGUACAUCGGGUAGUCCAGAUGCUGCCCCGCAACGGGGGACCGUGGUGACACCAUCCGCGCCUGCCUUCACAAUCUUCAGUGGACCAGAAGAACCGAUGGAGUCAUAUCAGGACCCGCCCCCGCCUACGACGCAUCUCUCUGACCUGCUCGAGUUACCCCCUGCAAAUACGGCGAUAGGUCGCUUUGCAAUAAACGGAACGACCGCGACCGCAAAUGCGCCUGAGAACAACGUACAGCCCCCCAACGCAUUCAAUUUCAGCUUCACUACCACUGCCUUCCAUCCGCUGACAUCGACGCCUGCGGGUCCUUAUGGUGGCGGUGGCAUGCCCAGCUUCACUUAUCCAGAACCACCGACUUCCCCUACACCCGCCGUCCCACGCAGCCCUAGCGGCGGCUAUAUCGAACGUGCAGGCGGACGACGAGAACGGAAUGACCUCUUCCAUCCGCAUGGUCGUCCGCGCUCAGCUGCCAGCCGUGACAGCAGCCGGCCACCAUCUCGAGCAUCCACAAGCCAGGCUGGUCCCAGCUCGGAUGGGACAGUCAACCCAUCCACACUGAUGAGCAGCGCGCCCCUCCAUACCGUCACAGAGCAAGACGUCGACGCUGAAGCCAUCCCCGAGCAGCCGGCAGUCUCGAGCAGCGAUAUCGGACACGUAUUCGGGCUGGGCCAGCUGCCUCUCCCACCUGAAACACCGGCGCCCCCCAUGAAGCGGACGAUGUAUGGCACUGAACUUGAAGGAGACACGCGGUUCGGUGACUUUGGUGUGGAGGGCGUCGCUGCUGCUGGCUUCUGGGUGGGGGCUGCGCCGCGCUUUUGAGCCUUGCGGCUCACCAUCUUUGAGUUGACCUGUACGUCCCAUCUAGUGACGUACCAUCCCGGUACUGCGACACCUACACAUCCAUCGACCUGGUUCUUGCUCUGACUUCGGUCACGCUUCUUGCAUCC